GGUUGUGAUAUUUCCCUCCGGCACCUUUACACUUCCUUCUCUCUUUGUUUUUAACCCUUGUUGAAUACCAACAGCAAGGCGCGUGAACGUCCACACGGGCGGCUAUGACAAGAACGAGCGGGUAGUGGGACCUGGCGAAAGUGCGUGUCGGAAACACCGUGCGCUUUCUUCUCCCACCGCGACUUCUACGGGCCGCAGGCCGGAAGUUCCCGUUCUGAAUGGGUCUUGAGCCGGUGGCCGUCUGUCCUCUAUGUGGGCUUAACACCGGGCGACUCUUGAUCUCGGAUCAAGCCGACCGCUAGGUUCAUGUGGAGGCUCCUAGGUCGCGUCGCGCUUCGUGGGGUCCGGUCGGUGGUGGAGCGGUGCAGCCGGGCCGAGGCAGCGACUGACGAGGCGGUGCGCGCCAUGGAGCGCGCUGUGGUGCGCUGUGUGCCCUCGGAGCCCAAGCUCAGCCUGUCCUUUGCGUUGGCCGACGGCAGCCACACAAACAUGCAGCGUGACCAGAGCGAGCCUCUGGGCCGGGCCCUCAGCCGGAUCGCUACCAACGCUCUUAAGGGCCACGCGAAGGUAGCGGCUGCCAAGAAGAACAGGAAGAACCGAGCCCACUCGAGCGGCGGCGCGGCCUGCGCGGCGGCGGGGCCUGAAGCGGGGGGCGAGCCGGUGGUGAAGCUGUACUACCGAGAGGAGGCCGUGGCCGAGGAUGUGCUCAACGUGGAUGCCUGGCAGGACGGCGCGGUGCUGCAGAUCGGCGAUGUCAAGUACAAAGUAGAGCGCAACCCGCCCGCCUUCACGGAGCUGCAGUUGCCGCGCUACAUCAUGGCUGGCUUCCCGGUGUGCCCUAAACUCAGUCUGGAAUUUGGGGAUUCCGCCAGCUCCGUGUUCCGCUGGUACAAGGAAGUCAAACCCGGGGCGGCAGAGCUUGGGGACAGCGGCCUCGCGUCGUCGUCUCACUCUUUGCCGUCUUCAACUUGGACCGAGACCGGUGUCGAAGAGCGUGUCUACACCCCGAGCAAUGCUGACAUAGGGCUGCGGCUCAAGCUUCACUGCACUCCGGGCAAUGGACAGCGCUUCGGGCCAAGCCGCGAGCUGGAAAGCGUGUGUCCGGUGGAGGCCGGGCCUGGCACCUGCACUUUUGACCAUCGACAUCUGUACACCAAGAAGGUGACAGAGAACUCCUUCAUCCGUACUGUCUCUUACAACCUCCUGGCAGACACGUACGCCCAGACUGAGUUCUCUCGGACAGUCCUGUACCCGUACUGUGCCCCCUACGCCCUGGAGCUUGACUACCGCCAGAACCUUAUCCAGAAGGAGCUCACGGGCUACAACGCAGACCUCAUCUGUUUGCAGGAGGUGGAUCGCGCAGUGUUCACGGACAGCUUGGUACCCGCUCUGGAGGCCUUCGGGCUGGAGGGCGUGUUUCGAAUCAAACAGCAUGAAGGCCUAGCCACUUUCUACCGGAAGUCAAAAUUCAGCCUUCUUAGCCAACACGACAUUUCUUUUCAAGAAGCCCUGCAGUCGGACCCACUGCACAAAGAACUACUAGAGAAACUGGCUCUGAACCCUCUAGCGCAGGAGAAAGUACUCCAGAGAUCGUCUGUCCUUCAGAUUUCAGUUCUUCAAUCUACAAAGGACUCUUCUAAAAAGAUAUGUGUUGCUAAUACCCAUCUCUACUGGCACCCAAAAGGUGGAUACAUUCGUCUCAUUCAAAUGGCAGUAGCCUUGGUUCACAUUAGACAUGUUUCAUGUAAUCUGUAUCCUGGCAUACCUGUUAUAUUUUGUGGAGACUUUAAUAGUACACCGUCAACAGGAAUGUAUCAUUUUGUCAUCAAUGGCAACAUUACUGAGGAUCAUGAAGACUGGGCUUCCAAUGGGGAAGAGGAAAGAUGCAACAUGUCUCUCACACACCUUUUCAAACUGAAAAGUGCUUGUGGUGAACCUGCUUACACAAAUUAUGUUGGCGGCUUUCACGGAUGUCUAGAUUACAUUUUCAUUGACUUAAAUGCUUUAGAAGUUGAACAAGUGAUUCCGUUACCUAGUCAUGAAGAAGUUACCACCCACCAGGCCUUACCUAGUGUUUCUCAUCCUUCCGAUCACAUAGCACUGGUAUGCGAUUUAAAAUGGAAAUAGAUUUUGCUUCAUUUGUCUGAAAGGGAAGCUAGUUACUUUUCAGAAAAUUUAAUAUGAAUCAGAGCUUAUAUAUAAAAAUCUUCAAAGAGGAAAUCUAGACACUAAACUUUAGUAUGGUCAUUCCCUACUAGUUCCAGAUGGCUUUGUUACAGAACCAAUUCAUAAUGUUUGCAUCAUAUAAUAUCUUUAUCCUCUUUUUAAUUUCCUACAUUUGGGGAAAAACAUAUUUAUGACUAGCGAAGAAAAAAAUGAAUUAUUGUGUACAUUUUAUAAGUUUUUUUAAGCUGGUAAUUAAGAUUUUUAAGUACUAUUUGAAUAAUCUCAUAACUUUUCUUUCAUAAUACAUUUUACAUUGAAUUAUGUUCAUAUAACUGAGGGAGGAGGGGCCAUGCAGGUAAAAAGUGAAAGACUUCAGAGAGACAUGGAAUAAUACAUUAGUCUAUCACUACCUCAAUUUGUUUAGAAUUUAUUAUAAUUUUAGAGCUUUAACAAAAGAUUAAAAUAUGCCAUUACCAAUUUUUAUAGCUUCUUUAUUUUUCAGUUGGCUAGGUAUUUUCCUUCUCUUUAUUUCUAGCAUUUUUUUUUUAGUGUACAAAUGAUGGCACAAAUGCACAUAAUUUGUGUUCUCAUUUGCACUUCAGCCCAUUUUAAUAGUAAGAUGUAAGCACAAUGGAGUAUUCAAAGGGAGCAGCAACAUAACUUGAUUCUCUUGUCUUCACUCUUACUAUUGAAAAAUAUUUAUAAACAUACAGGGUACAUGACCAUAUGAUAUGAAAGAACAGAGCACAAUUAUUUUAUGAGAAACUUCUGAUAGGGGCUUCAAGUUAUACUUGAACCAUUGAGCAUUUCUAUGCUGGAAGUGUUUUCAAAAUUGUAGUUUUUAUAAGUAGGAAGAAGGGAGCCAGGCAUGGUGCUUUAUAGUUGCAAUCCUAGCACUCAGGAGUCUGUCAGGUUGCUUUGAGUUCAAUACUAAUCUGGAUUACACAGUUCAAGGCCAGUUGGGGCUACAUAAAUAUAAAAAAGGGGGACAGUGGGCUUUUGCCAAUAUCUGAAAUAAACUUUUUUAUAGACUUAAGCAUUAUAGUUUGAGUAACAGAAGAGUGCCACAUAAUUUAUAUAUAAAAUUUAAUGAAACCAAACAUUUGAAGAGGAGAAAUUGCAAGUUGUAUAGAUUAGUAUCUAGUUUAGAUAACUUAAGUUUUACUAAAUUUGUUGUCACCAUAGCUAACUGGUAAUGCUUUAGCUAUUGCUUUUGUUAUUCAGAAUUAACUGUAGCGUAGCUCAUUAUUUCUGCAGUUAAUUUCUGGCUUAGAUAGUAAAGGCCUCUCACCUCAAAAAGAGGUAUGAUUUUCGAGUCUUGAAGCCCCUAUUUCAAAAAUUUUCAUUUCUAACCCAAUACUGUAAGAACUUUCCUCUUUUGAAAAAUGUGUCUUUUCACCCAUAUUCUUCUAAUGUAGUCUGUGUUUUCAUAUUCUAUCAGGUACCCUGAAGAACAUUUUAUCUGCACUAAAGGGUGAACCUCUUUACUCAAAUUAUUUAAAGGAAAAUAAUCAUUAAGGUGGCAGUUUCUUGGGAUCUUGUUUAAAAAAAAAAAAUAGCUCAUAAAAAAUUGAUGCUACCAAAUUGUGCCUUCCUAAAUAUGGUAGUGGGUUAUUUUGUUUGUUUCUCUUCCUGAGGAUCAAAUUCAGGGCCACUGAGUUACAUUCCCAGCCAUAUAUAUAUACUUUUUUUUAAAAGAGCAUUUCAAUGGCAGUUUAUAUAGUCAGUAGUAGUUCUUUUGCAAAACCAAAAAAUUUUCAGGAUUAUUUCUGUGUUGCUGGGGAAUGAACCCAGAAGUACUACCAAACUAUAUCAGCAACACUUUUCAAAAUUUAGGUUUGUUUUGCUUUCAAAUAAGCAUAUUGACAAAUUUUUACACUGACUCUUAAGGAGCUAAUAGUAUUACUCAGCAAGAAGUCAACAUUUUGAAAGAAAAAUGUUUAUAAUGUGAGAUUAUUCAUACCCACACACAAAAAAAAUCAUCAAGAUCCUAUAUUAAUCUUAUGGUGGGCUUGAACUGUGGUCAGAGAAACUAGGAUUUACCAAACAUCCCAAGCCCUUAAAUUUGAUAUUUGUGAAUUAAAUGAUAUAGUCAGGUUAUAUACAGAUAUUUUAGGACAUUCAGAUAAUGAAGUAUAAAGAUUUGACUAAAAGUCAAAUCUCCAGUAAUCAGAUGUUAGGAUGACUGGAGUACAAAGAUAGGCAACACUAUAAAAGUUCUAUAAAUAUCUUACCAAAAUUUAUUUGUACUUACAAGUUAGUACAAGGUAUUAAUUAGAAGUGUCUAAAACUAUCUUUGUGAUUGAAUUUUUAUAUUACUUUUGGAAUUUUUUAGUACAUUUAAUUUUAAUAUGAGAAAUCUAGCAACUUUGUAGUAAACCACAUUUUAUGUCCCAAGUUCUUGCUGAAGGAAAAGUGAGUAUUUUAGAGAAUGUUAUUCUGUUAAAACCAACUCUUACACAGUUGUCCCCAUAAGAAAUACUAACAGUUUGUAAUUCAUUAGCAAGAAGAGCAUUUCUGGCUACAGUAUUCUGGCUUUAUUUACUUGGUAUGUUUUUCAGGUUCAUCUGUGUUACAGUCUCUACCAAUACUUCAUCUUCUUUUACAGCCAAAUAUUUUCUACUGCAUGGAUAAUACAUCUUGCUUAUCUGAACAUUUGGUGGGGUUGGGGAACCAAGACAGCCAGGCUCUUAUUCCCAUUUUAAACGGUCAUCCUAGUUACUAUGAAGUAAUACUCUGACACAUUUUUAGCUUUUGAAAUUCUUGCAGUCAUAACAUGCUUUAUUCUAAAAGUUAACCAAACCUCUUUUUCCAGAGCCUACCUUCAGCAACUGCUACUUAUUUUUAUGAGUUUGUUCCAAGUGAAAAAGGUCUUACUGCUUCCUUUGAAGAAAACUGUAAAUAUCAAAGUUCAAAAAUAUCACAACCUUGAAUGUAAACAAAAAAAUUAUGGAAAAACCUAAGAUGUUCACAACAAAAGGCCAUUUUUUACACUUCAUCAAUUUCAGAGAACUUACUUUUAAAUGGGAACGCUAAAUCCAGGUUAGUAGAUAGCAAGAAUGAAUACUCAUUACUGAGAAAUGAGAUGAUUAUAAUUGAGUAUAAUAAUUAAAUAUAUAAUAAAAAGUUAAAGCUAUUUGCAUUUUUUUAAAAUCCCUAAAUUCAAGGUAACCUUUAAACUGUAAGCCAGUAAAUUAAGUUGACAUUUACCCUGUUAAUAGGGGGUGGUGAAAUAUUACUUGACUGCCUUUAGUGUAUUAACAUACAGAUGCUAAAAUUUAUGUAAGAAUUACAAUUUCAAACAUUAAACUUAAUCAGUUGAAUUGGCUGGUACCAGCCUCUAUAUAACUAAUAAUGAAUGGCAUUUGAAACAUUAAACUUGAGCCUGAAGAGACCACUGUGGUUAAGAGUGCUCACUUUUCCAGAGGACCUGGGGUUCAUUUCACAGCACCCACAUGGUGACUUACAACCUAUUGUAACUCCAGUUCCAGGAAUCCAACAUCUCUGUUGGCAUCUCUGGGUACCAGGCAUACACAUGGUACAAAGAUACAUGAGAGGCAAAAUACCCAUACCCAUAAAUUAAACUUUAAAAAGUUUAAAAGCUAGCAACAAAAACCAUUAAACCUGUUAAGCUGGCUUAAUAUUACUUUCAUCUAUCUGCCAUUUGGAUUCAUUCUGAUAGGAACCUUUGUUGAUUUGUCAAAACCCAAGUUCUGUAAUGUUUUGUUGUUUUUGUUGUAGACAGGGUUUCCUUGUGUAACCCUGGCUGUCCUGGAACUCACUCUGUUUUAGACCAGGCUGGCCUUUAACUGCCUGCUUCUGCUUCUGGAGUGCUAGGAUUAAACUGGUGUUUUUAUUGUUGAGAGCUGUUGUUGGUAUUUGAGUGUCAGACUGACACCUAAAAGAAACCUUGUACUUAUAAGUAGUAAUCCUGUUUGCCCUGGCAACCUUUUACCUACUCUUGUCUUCAUGAAAUGUCUGUUUUGGACUUUCAUAAAUGCAAAGAAAUCUGUUCUUUGUAACUGGUGUCUUUCACUUAGGCUGUUUAGGUACUUCCAUGUUGUAGCAUCAAUACCGUUUUUUUGUUUUGUUUUGUUUUGUUUUUUUAAUGAAUUUUCCAUUGUUAUACUACAUUUACAAACUGAUGGCCAUUUAUAUUGCUUCCACAGAUAAUGUUGCUAUAAACAUUUGUGUAUAAGA